AUGGCCUUCCAAGGAACCGAUGGGUUUUCGGUCUUCGACGGCAAGGGAAGGUUGGUGUUUCGAGUCGAUAACUACUCGAGGAAAAACCGAUGCACCGGUGGAGCUCUUGUUCUUAUGGAUGGGAUUGGAAGACCCCUACUGACCAUGAAACCACAGAUUUUUAGCAUGCAUGACCAAUGGAAUGGAUUCGAAGGAGAUGGAGGGUCAGGAGCAAGGCCACCUGUCCCAGUUUUCUCAAUGAGAAGACGAUCAAUGGUUCAGAUUAGUGAUGAAGCUGUAGUUUCCAUGUGUGGCCCCAAGAACCAUGUUUGGACACAUGAUUUCCGGAUGGACGGCUGCUUUAGGAGGAGGCAUUGCAAGAUAUGGGGUGGGAGUGGCGAAGUGGUAGCAGAGAUAUCCAGGAAGAAAGUAAACAAUACAACAUUUUUACUGAGUGAUGAUGUAUUUAGCUUGAUAAUCAGACCAGGCCAUGACAGUAAGUUGAUCAUGGCCUUUGUUGUUAUCAUGGACCGCAUUUGUCAGAAGCCGUUUGGGCCUUCCUUGUGCUCUUGA